ACACAACAAUGUGAUGAUGCAAGACGUGUUGCGUUUAUAUAUAGGCAACGUAUCCGCAGACCAAGUCAUCUGGACUAGUUAACGUUACAUUGGGUACAACUAGCAGGUUAUACUGAUGUAGGUUAGGAGCAAAUUAGCUGCGCGUCCUGGAAAACGUCGCAAACAUUUACGAGUUGCAACAGGAACCAGCAACAUUUUUCUUCCUGAACACAAAGGUUGAGAAGACAGCAGGCUGCGUGUUGAUGUAACAGAACAACCGGAACAGAACAGAGCUGAAGAUUAGAUGGACGGGUUUGCAGGUGACAUACUGAGCGGUGGCCGGGCGUUGCUAGGUGAGGACAGCUCGGUCAUGGCCCGCAUGCAGAAGAAGUUUUGGAAGACGAAGCAGGUUCUGAUCAAGGCCACAGGGAAGAAGGAGGAUGAGUACGUGGUGGCUUCUGAUGCCGACCUCGACGCCAAGCUGGAGUUGUUCCACUCGGUACAGACCACCUCCACUGAGCUGUUGAAGGUGAUUGAGAAAUACCAGCGAAGGAUCACACAUCUGUCUCAGGAGGAGAAUGAGUUGGGGAUGUUUCUGAGGUUCCAGGCAGAACACGACCGCACCAAGGCUGGCAACAUGAUGGACGCAACUAGCAAGGCCCUGUGUGCCUCGGCCAAGCAGAGGCUGGUCCUGUGCCCGCCCCUACACCGGAUGGAGCAGGAGGUGGAGACGUUUCGGCGGCGUGCGAUCGCUGACACGCUCCUGACCGUGACCCGGAUGGAGAAAUCCAGGACGGAAUACCGUGGAGCGCUGCUCUGGAUGAAGGACGUCUCUCAGGAACUCGACCCGGACACCUGUAAACAUCUGGACAAGUUCCGCAAGGUGCAGUCCCAGGUCAGAGGUUCGAAGGACCUGUUUGAGAAGCUGAAGAACGAUGUGUGUCAGAAGGUUGACAUGCUGGGAGCCUCCCGUUGUAACAUGCUGUCUCACUCUCUCUGCACAUACCAGAUCACCCUCCUCCAGUUCUGGGAGAGGACCGCCUGUGUGAUGAGUGGGAUUCAUGAGUCUUUUAAAGGCCUUGUCCCCUACCAGUUCACCACUCUCAAGGCACUCCGGGACCCUCUGGAGCAGCUGACUGAUUUAGACCUAACCAACCGGGACCAUAACAAAGAGAAGGACAUACUGAGUAACAGUCUGGUCUCUCUGGAUGAAGAGAAGCCAUCAGAAUCAGCCUCUGGCCCCUUCCAUGCUGCUGAUGGACUGAGCCACACCAGUGAAAGCUCUCUGUGUGCUAGUCUGGACUCUGCCCUGUGUGACCUCAGUGGGCAUCUCAGUACAGCCAGCACCGAUGACGACCUCUUACUCCUGGCCUGUGACCAGCCCCAGCCUGGCCUCUCCUCCUCCAUGCAGCCUCUGGCCCCUCUACAGACCACAGCAGCCUCUGGUGGUCCCUGGGUGUUUGGAGGUGGGGACCUCUCUGGAAGCUCUCUACUGCAGCAGGGUCCCAGGGUGGGGGACAAGGAGAGGAGGACAGAGAGACUGGGGACAUGGCCUUUCUGA